AUUUUAAGUACAUGAGAUAAAGUAUAUUUUACUAAAUUAGUCCUUCCUAAACAUACUACCUUGCUUUUACUGGAGCCGGCAGCGAGAUCGCCUCUCUAUUAUUGUAAUUAGAAAUGUGAAAGGUCAAUUGCUGUAAUGAUCAGGACAACAGAUUAAUGAGAUCGUAAACUGUAGACCUUCUUACAAUUCAUUACCAAGUUGGACUUCGUCGCCAGUGGUCACCCCUCAGCACACGAAUUCAAGAUGAGUGAAGAAAGGGUUAAGAUGCGGAAACAGCUAGGGCUGUUGGAGGGGGUAGCUAUAAUCUUGGGCAUUAUAUUUGGGAGUGGAAUAUUUAUAUCCCCUAAGGAGGUUCUGGAAAACACAGGCUCAGUGUGGGGGGCCCUGUCAGUGUGGGCUGCUUGUGGAUUGUUGGCUACUCUGGGUGCUUUGUGCUAUGCAGAAUUAGGUACUACUUUGGUUCAAAGUGGAGGUGAUUACCACUACAUCAAUGAAGCUUAUGGAUCACUGCCAGCAUUUCUUUACCUAUGGGAUGCUAAUUUGGUAUUUGUACCAAGCACAAAUGCUAUUAUGGCAUUGACUUUUGCUAACAACUUAUUGGAGCCCAUAUUUCCAAAUUGUCCAAUUGAACCAUUAAGCCAGAAAUUAAUUGCAGCAGUUACUAUUUGUUUCCUUACAUUUAUAAAUGCAUAUGAUGUUCGGUUUACUACUAGACUACAAAAUGUCUUCAUGUUCACAAAAAUAUCUGCAUUGUUUAUUAUAAUUAUUGGCGGUAUUCUGUGGUUGUGCCAAGGAAGGGUCGAGAAUUUUGAAGAUGGUUGGGCGGGAACUAAAACGUCAGUCAGUGACUGGUCUGUUGCUUUCUACUCAGGCAUAUUUUCGUAUUCUGGAUGGAGUUACUUGAAUUUCAUGACGGAGGAACUGAGGGAUCCGUUCGUGAACUUACCGCGUGCUAUUUACAUAUCUCUACCGCUCGUGACCGCCAUUUAUUUGCUGGCAAACGUCGCCUAUCUGGCCGUGUUGGGACCUACCGGAGUUAGGGCUACUGAAGCCAUUGCUGUCGAUUUCUCCGUAGCCGCUUUGGGCUGGGUGCGGUACGCCAUGCCCUCACUCGUCGCGAUAGCUAUCCUGGGCGGGCUGACAGUGCACAUCAUGACGUCAUCGCGGAUGUGCUUUGCCGGCGCCAGGAACGGCCACAUGCCCGAGCUGCUAGCACAUAUUAACGUCAAAUGCAUGUCUCCGUUGCCAUCGCUCAUUUUUUUGAUGAUUAUUUCAUUAAUAAUGCUAAUUCCUAGCAAUUUGACAUCGCUGAUUACGUACUGCACCAUAGUGGAAUCCUUUUUCACCACCCUCAGUUGCAGUGCCGUGUUGUGGCUGCGAUAUAAGAAACCUGACUUGCCCAGACCUAUCAAGGUGCCUACAUGGAUGCCGGUGGUGUUCGUAUCGCUGUGCGCGGUGCUGCUGGUGGUGCCCGUGCGCGCCGAGCCGGUGGCCGUGCUGGCGGGCGCGCUCAUGACGCUGGCCGGCGUGCCCGUCUACUACGCCUUCGUGCGCCGUCGCCCCCAGUGGCUUGUUCCGAUAGCCACCAAAUUCACACACGGAUGCCAAAAGCUGUUCCUAUCCGCCGUAGAAGACAAAGAAGAAUGAAUCCUGAGACUUAAUCUAGUUUAAUUAAAUCUCAACUUCUCUCUCUUCUGUUGUACAGUCUCAUGUUGUUGAUUU